AUGGCUGGUAAUAGAACCAUACUUUUCGCUCAGGAGGUUAUAAUUUACAAGUGUACGCUGUGUGAUAGUGUAGAUAGGGUAAGGUGGUUUUGCAAUGAAUGUCAGGAGACGCUAUGUGACCGAUGUAAGGAAGCCCAUACUCGCGGAAAGAAAACUCAAAACGAUGACGUCGUACCGAUAGGACAGGCUAUCCGUACAAGCAGUCAAACUGUAUCAAACAUGUGUAAAACACAUCCAGACGAACUUAUUACGAUGUACUGUUUGACAUGCAAGUCUCUGAUUUGUCGUAUUUGUUCAGAAAUGUUCCAUAAGUUGCAUUCUUUGACACGAUGCGAAGACGAAAUGGCCAACAAAAGGCAAGAACUUGCCAAGCACGUUACAAUGGUAUCCACGAAGAUCGAUCGGAUCCAGAACGAAACAUCCAAACAGCAACAAGAAAACAAAAGUUUUAAUGAUAAUAUUGAUUCGAUGCAAGAAAAGGUGACCGUACAGAAGACUAAGGUUAAGGAACAGGUAGAUUGUAUCGCAGACACGAUAACGAGAACGUUAUCCUCCAUGAAAGAAAUUGAAUCGAAUGAGCAUGUUAAAUUUUGUCAACAAUCGGAGAAAAAUGUCAAGGAACUAAAACAGUUACUGGAUAAAGCAUUGACCACAGAUACAGGUGAUUUAUCGUUAUUUGAGGUCGUGGAUAUACUCCAAUCAAGAGUGCCUCUUUAUGACGUCAGCACACCUUGUAGGUUCUCCAAACAACCGUCCUUCGUUCCUGGCAGUAUUGACACUGCACAGUUGACGAAAAUGAUGGGUGGCGUUCUCAAUGGGAGCCGGUACCAGAAGGUAGACAUCAACAAGAAACAUGUUCAAAACCUUUCCAUGUUCAGAGUUACGCAGCGAGCCCGGAUAUGGAACAUCUGUCCCUAUGAUGAAAUGCAUGCAUGGUUGUCGAUCCGUAGCUACAAAGGUCUGGUACUGGUGAACAAGGAGGGUCUGGUUUCAGAGUCAGUUGAACUAGAUUUUUGCCCGUGUCUUAUUGCCAUGCUGAGUUCAACUGAAAUACUCAUGACUCGUUACAAGUCGACAGUUGUCAGCAAACUUUCACUUGGCAACAAACAAGUGACAACCUUUGCCGAUGUCGGUAAUCAUAAUCCUUGGGGUAUUAGCGUCAGCUACAGUGGCGAAGUGUUUCUUUGCACCUUAAAGCCGGAUGUAAUUAUACUGAAUCAUGCAGGGGAAGGUUUAAGGAAGUUCAGUUGCGAAACGAAUGGAAAAUACAUUACCUGUAUGCCAACAGGAAGCGUAGCAAUAGCACUGGCAACAGACACCAUGGACGGGGAAAAUGCUGGGGCAAUACUUAUCACCGGCAAGGCUGGCAAAGUUUUAAAUAAAUGGACAGGUGAACUGGACAGUGGUCGAAAUGUUGGUAAGAUGCAUCUUUGUAAUGUGUCCUGUGAUAUCUAUGACAGGGUGUUUGUACCAGACUAUCUUAACCACCAAGUUUAUGUCGUAAGCAGUCAUGGCGAAAAUGCCACUUGUCUGUUGGACCAGAAACACGGAGUACAACAGCCUACGGCGGUGUUGGUUGACCAGAUCGGAGACGUGUGGAUCGGGUGUAAAGAUGGCAGCGUACAUGUCAUGCGAUUGUAA